CUGCAAAGAGACCUGGCUCCUCUCGCGGUAUCGACAACACACUGGAUGAUGUGGACCACCAUGGUACGACGUCCGACUGGACCUUUUGGUUGGGGAACACCUCUAUGGUUUUCGCUGAUCGUCACGUUCGCACUGAUACGUACUUUUGUUUCCGAGAUCGCGAUCGACGAUGGCAACGACCUCCAAUGUUCAUGUCGUAGUAACGCGACCCAUAUCGCUUGGAAGGGGCCAAUUCCGGUAACAGUGCAUUCUACUUUAUCCACCGCAUUAAACAACACGGGUGCCGAACAGGAAUACUACUUUGGGACUAGGCAGAAUCCUCCUCUCCGUGCCGCGAACGAUCGUGCCUUGGGGCUCUCGAAGGUAUCGGACGGUAGUUGCGGCUGCUGUCACUGGGAAACUUUCGCAGAAGCCAAAUACAGUGCGUACAUCUAUCUACGUCGCCACAUUAUGGCCAUGGAUCAACCAUUCUUGGCCACCUUGGGCUUUGAUACUACGAACGAUCGUGACGACGAGACGUUGCCGGAUGGUCUAGCCGGUGGUUUGAUUGGACCGACCAUUGAUCUCGCCCUGGAGACGAAACGACUAUUUCCCACCACCGACAACCUACCUCGACACAUUUGGCAAGAGUAUGUUUUGAAUUAUGCCAAUACAAACGAAGCAAGGAGCAAUUGGCGUCCCUUGAUUCGCUCCAAAUUGGAACAAGCAGGUCUCGUAUCCUUCAACUCAUCCACAUCUCUCUACCAAGCCACAAUGAACCGGUCCAUCCCAGAGCUAGUCCAACUCAUCAAUACACACUUGUGGCAUGUUUUAGCGCCGCCGGAACAAGAAAGCCUCGUUUUCGUCAGUGGUCAAACACCGCUCAUUUUCGACCCCAUGUCGGUCUUGGCUUUUGGCUACGCCUCCUGCACGGGAUUUGCGAUUCUGCUAGUCAACGCGUUGCGUGUGGUGGGCGUCCCGGCGCGUGUUGUCGGUACGGCAUCUUGGUACCAGGACCGCGGACAAGGCAAUCACAACUGGGUCGAAGUCUACGACCCACGCAGGAAACGCCACAGCAGUGUGCACACCACUAGUCCGUGGUCCUUCUUGGAACCCUCUCCAGGGGCUACGGACCCGGACGAUUUGGAUCGCGAUCCGUGUCGCCGUUGGUUUUGUUCGCCAACCCGAUUUUCCUCCAACCCACGGAACGCAACACACGUGUACGCGGCACGCCUGGAACGAGAUCCAUCGGGAACCACCUUCGUCUACUACCCACUCGCGUGGGAAUGGGAUACCACGGAUGUGCCGGGAGAAGACGUCACUUCAUAUUAUCAACAAGUCUGUGGAGAGUGUCCGUAA